AACUCUGCCAAAAUUCCAGCACAACCAACAAUUGCUUAGUUGACCAAAGAAUUGCUCCACCAUGGCCAAUGCUGGAGCAGCCUUUGGGUUGGAGGAUGUGCCGGAUUUGCCUGAAGCACCCACGGAACAGCCCAAGUACAACCGGGAUUACCAUCGUCUCUUCGUCAAAUUCAUGAGCUGGCUGCACAAGAGGACAUACACCAAGGCGGCUCGCUUCCAACCUAGUGCUUUGGCCGGCAUCCAACCACACCACGUUGCCGACUACUUGAAAUGGCGUGCGUAUGACCUCGAGCAGAAUCCAACUUGCCGCUCCUCUACUCUUGAGCAAGACAAGAAGGCUAUAUCCUUCUACAUGCCCAUCAAGGGUGCCACAUGGAAUGGAACCUCCGGCAAUCCAACCAAGUCCGAUCCUGUGAACGAAGUGUCAAGGAAGUCAAGAAAGCGGAGACUCAACACCGCGGAAGAAGUCCUGUGCCACCAGGGAUUUGACGGAAAAGAGUAUCGGAGCUUUGAAUCGACCAUCCGUACAGCCUGCAUGUUGAAGCAGCAAGUCCAUCUCAUCACCAGGACGGACGACAUCUCCAAGUUGAAGUAUUCCGACUACAAGCCGCAUCCAGACUUCCCUUUUGCGCUCAGUUGCAAGGUGCAUUGGUCCAAGAAUAUUUCGGAAGAACGACAAUGCCCUGACCAAAUCAUUCUUGGGUCGAUGGAUACCGACUUUUGUGCUAUGCUCGGAUUGGCGAAUUACAUGGAGGCGUCCUUCAACUACGGGUAUGGCGCCGCUGGUCGGGAAGAUGCAUUCCUCUUUACUCCCGAAAGCGAUCCUAAGUUGGCUCCCAAGCACUGCAACGCAGCCUACCGCAACAUUCUCAAGGCUGUCUUUUUGUCGGCUCCAUUUCUGGCUGUGGCGCUCCUCAUUGCUGGUGUUCUUGGGAGUCACAGCAUUCGGAAGUUUGCUGCAACUCUGGCAAGAGGAUGGUUGACAUUCGAGGUCGCUGGAAGGCUCGCUUGUCUGGACGGGUUGUUGAUGCCUACAUUUCGCCUGAACAGCCCUGGAUCGACGCUCGUGUGCCGAAAAGCUUUGCAUGGGGGCUCCUAUUGCCUACAAGCUACACCCGGAUCAUGUGGUGCCAAGGACCAUGCUUCGCUUCACCUGGCUCUGCCUCUGUUGUGGGCUGCUCUUGACGAAUCUUGGGAGAGAGGAUGGAGCCUCCCUUCGUGUUAG